CUUGGACCACAAUUAUUCCCUAGUUACCUACGGGAAUUGGGCUUAUAGAAUCUCAUUCUAUGGCCUCGGGAUUUGCGGUUGUGUAUGGCAGGCCUAAAGCCGGAGAUUGCUGCUUCCGUCCGGGUCUUUGAGCCGAACUCCUUGAAAUCUGCUUUUCAUCUUGCAGGGUAUAAGGAAGAGGAGCUUGCGAGCUGGAGGAGCACCAUAGGGCGCUAUCCGCAUCCCAGUGGCACCGGUAGCAGCAACGGUACUGGUAGCGAAGGAGGAGGCGUGGCGGGAGCCACUGCGGGCGCUGGGGGACCUACGGCGGCCGGCGCCAGUUGCUGCGGGGAGGGGGGAAAUACGGCCACCACCUAAGGGGUUUGUGCGGCUGUCCCCUGCAGAGAUCGAGCGGAAGAGGCGGGAAGGGAAGUGCUCUAAUUGCGAUGAGCGGUUCACGAUAGGUCACAAGUGCGCAUGUCCCGAUUUGAUGAUGUUGGUCGGAAGGUGGGAGGAUGAGGCGGAAGAUGAGGCGAGAGAAGGAGAAGACGCGGUGGAAGACUAACAACCUUGGGGACAAGGUUGUUUUAAAGGGAACGGGAAUGAUAGACGUUUUAUUAUUUGUUUUUAUGUUCGAUUUGAAUUAUUUUGUUUGGGUUUAUUUUGGUUAUGAUGGAAUAUUUUGAGGCUUAAUAAGUUGGGGUAGUUAUAGGCAAUUAUGUUUAGGUAUUAAAAUUAUUGUAUAACGUAGAAGAGGCAAGCAAGAUUAAACCUAAACCUACUUUUGAUUAAUCUCCCUCUUACUCUCUUCUCUCUGGCCGCCGAGCCUUCUUCUUCUUCCCCCUAGGCUGCCGCGCGGCAGCGCUUCUUCUUCCUUCCCUCUUCUUCGAUCACAACCCCAAAUUCAUCUACAUUCCCCUUUCUCAAAUCACCGAAUCAAUCCCUAGUUGAUCCCAAAUCUCAAUCCCUAGAUAGAACCCAAUUCUCCGGGUUCUAUCAUCAUCCCAAAUGCAGCUGAAGAAUCAAUUGAAUUUCAAUUUCCUCUUGCUUCAUUUCUUACUCUCCAAAGUCUCCGGGAGCACAAACUGCAAAACGACGAUGGCCUUCUCAGCGAUGCUCCUCAUGAGCCUGGGUAGGAUAUCUGUCAAAGGCACAUCUGCUGAGCGAGGAGGCAGGUUGAGCCCUUGAUCGUACAUCGAAUCAAUGGCGGUGAGGAAACCCUUGCUUGGAGGAAUGAAGAUUAUCUUGUUUGUAUUGAAACACUCAUCCUUGACCAAUGAAAACUCGUCGUCCCUUGGGACGUAGUUCUCUCCGAGGAGUCCUACUCUCGUCUCCGUGAACGGAUCUAACCAUAACCCCAAUCCUCUCUGUCGUCGCCGCGGGACAAGAAGAAGGCAGAAGGAGCUCGGGUUGACGUUUCCGAUGGAGAAAGAAGCGGCGGACGGCAGGGGGAUUCCGGGUCGGAAAAGUUCUCCAGCGACGAAGAAGCGAGAAUCGGAAUGUUACCAAAAUUGAACUUUUUUUUAAUAGUUAGAAAUGAGGUGCAAAUUUUGAAAAUUAAAAUUUUAUUUAUUUUAUUAUUUUUUUAAUUGUCAUGUCGGUCAACUAUAAAAGUUGACUUCCAUAUAAACUAAAAUUAAUGGAGUUUGAAAGAGAGUGACUAAACUUGAAAUAUUUAACUAAUUUUAGUGACCAUGAAUGGAAUUAUUGUGACCAAUCUUGCAAUUUACCCUUUUUUAAAGAGCAUUGCUAUUCUUCGCCCUAAAACUCCUUAUUUGUCGCCCUAACAUAUAUUAAAAUGACUUAAAUAACCUUCUUCCUCCUUGUGAGUGACCAGUUAGUAACCCCGUCGGGAUGGGACUCCCCGUUGGCAGACACAUCGUCCCGACAAACCAAUGAGUAACCCCUCAAGCAUCUCUCUCUCUCUCUCUCCAUUUCUCCGCGAUUCCUUGAAUCCCUAAAUUCGAUUGAUUGUGCCUUUCAUCGUUGUUUGUGCGAUUCCAGCUUCCGGUAAAUGACGGAUUGGUUUGGGACAACGGUACCAACCUUCUGGAGCCUUGUAUCGAUCGAAUUGUCGAAACUGUUGGAAAGGUAAGCACUUUCCUUUGGUUUCGUGUCUUCUCUAUUUGUUUUUUUUUCUUUAUUCUGUUGCUUCCUUCUAAAACCUUGUGGUGUCUCUUUUCAAUUUUGGGUUAUUGAUGGCAGUACGAAACUUUGGCUUUGUUGUGUUGAGGUUUGAGCUUCGUUGCUCAGAAACGGGUGACCAUGACCUUCUUCCUCCUCCUUUCUUAGCAACAGCAGCGGGUCGGCAGAUUGGGGAAUCACAGCAGGCCGGCGUGCUAGGGGAUUGUCUACGACGGCCGAAUCCGGUUGGUGGGGUUCUUUCACGGCAAUGACAGCAGGUCGGCGGGGUGGGGGAAUGGCAGCACCGAUGGGUUGGGGGGAACGACAGCGGUGGUUGGACGAUUGGUCGGAGUUAGGAGUUAUGGAUUGCAAUUGGAUAUAGGGAUAUAAAUGUCAAUUUAUUACAAUUUAGGGCGAAAUAAUUUAAAAUUUAGGGCGACGAAUAGCAAUUCAGUUUUUAAAUUGUACAUCUACUCUCGGUAUACCACAUCAAAAAAAAAAACUCUUGUCUUCUCCCUAUUUUCUUUGAUUUAUUAUCACAAUCAGCAUAGCCAAAAACGUUAUCUAAACGAAAAUACGAAAGAAAACUGAAAAUUCAUCAUAUAAAGCUUGGUUUGAAAUUAAACCACACAAGGCGAACAGCGUACGUGCCCGAUAUUAUUCAUUAUUUUAGAUGGAGCUUCACCACUAGCCAGCAGCCUUCUAAGCGGGGACGAAGCUCAUGCUGCAGAGAGGCAGCUUCACCGCCCCGUUAAGGUCGAAAGCACAUGUCUCGGCCAGCCAGUGACGUAGUGAGGAUUCGAGUUUAGUGGGGUCCCAUUUAGAGGACGUCUAUAACCCAUAAUCAUUUAGAUUAUGAAAGCAAUAUUUAUAUCUUAUCCAAACUCAUAAUACUUUAUCGAUACUUUACCCAUUAUCAAUGGGUCUACUUAAGUUUGGGUAUAAUUACCCAUGAGUGGGUAAUUGUCAUCCCUAGACUAGAUGUCACAUAAAUCUUGCUGUAAUUUGUAUCGAUAGAUCAAUCUCCACAACUACUAUAGUAAUGAUGACUUUUUCUAGCUCGUGGGCUAACCAACACACGUAGUGUUGGUGAACCACUUAAAUAAUUCAUGUAUUCUUUACAUUCUUGUUGAUCGUUGUCUUGCUUGUCAAUGUCGAUAGCCCCGAUCUGACAGUAAGUAUAGGUGGACAAGGAUCAUAUCUACACAUAAUCAAAUUGUACUGAAUCAAUAUUUGGAUGAGAUGUAAGGUGAUAAUUAGUAUAUCUGAUUCUUGAACUUUAUGUGACUAUCCCAUGAUAUACUUAAGCCAAUUGGUGCUAUUUUGGGUCUCUCUAACCCGGAAAUGGUUGAAAAACCAUUACUGCCUAGUGCCAUGAGUUUGAUAUGUUGCAGGUGAAGAAAACACAGAAAAAUUGCACAAACAAACAAUUCUCGAAUCAUUGAUUAAAUAGCACGUGUGCCUGAAUAAAGCAGCUGGAAAGAGAGUGGGCCGAGGGUUUGGUGAGCUUCGGUGGCAAUUAUUUUGGACGCAAAGGGGAAUUAAUUGGGCCACAAGGA